AUGAAGCUUCCACAUCGGAUAAAGAUGUUUAUAUGGGAAUGUUUGAAGAACAUUUUUCCUACUAGAGUCAUAUUAUCUCAGGCCAUGCACAACUUAGAAACUCACUGUCAGAUCUGCAAGCAAGAAGACGAAACCCUUUACCAUCUCUUAAUCAGAUGCAAGCAUGCUCAAGAAGUUUGGAAGAUCCUCAAUGUUAACAUCGAUAAAAUUCUCAACAACUGUCAGACAGUUAAGGAAUGGAUCAUUUCCUGGUUUCAUAAUGUUCAAGUUGCAGACUUGGAUGAACUGCAGAAUUGGAGAGCUCGCCUAAUGGUAGGGAGUUGGGUGAUAUGGAAAGAAAGAUGCGAUUGCGUCUUUCAGGAUAAGUCUCUAAACCCAGUUGCCACUGUAUCUAAGAUUAACCAUUAUAUUCUAAAUUUCAGUCCCUCUAAGCAAGACAGUAUAGCACAACUUCUAAUAGAUCCUAUUGAUACUGAAACACAUGAUAGUAUCCCUAGUUAUAACUACAAUGAGCAUGUCAAGGAGGAGUCUCAAGUAUUUAAAUUUUAUGUUGAUGCCUCUAUUGAUCGAGACACUAACGACUGUGGUUCUGGGAUUGUUUUAUGCAUCUGGAGUGAUGGAUGCGGAGGCUGGAGAAUGCAGAGCUGUGUUGGAGUGUUUACAAUGGGAGAAUGCAAUGGAACUGGACAAGAUACAUCUGGUUGCAGAUGCAGAAACCGUUAUCAACUCAAUUAA